CUCAGUAUUGCUUUGUCUACUUAAAUGGGUUGUCAAAAGUGGAGUUCUUGAUGGAGAGCAUUAAGUUGGUGAUUUCAAAUCUAAAACAUCCUUAAGAUUUUGUGACACUUAUAACCAACAGAUUUGUGACAAGUAUGUAAAAUGUCUUUUAUUUUGUUAAAUUAAUUAUCAGAAUAAAUAUAUGGCUAUUUUGUACUGGUUGUAGUUGUAACUUUUAUGUAAAGCCAAAAUUCAAUUUUUGUCUCACCGUCCUUUCACACACACAUACUUUCUAUCCCUAUCUCUUCACACCCACCCAGACCCGGGUCUCUCCUUUCGUUUCUGCUUCAACAAAAAUAAAAUAUAAAUAAAAAAUUCAAAAUGUACUUGUGUCGAAAAUGCAAAUAAGUUACAUUGCUUCCUACCGUAUUUAGGCAGGUUGUCUGAAUUUAGGAAAUCCAGUUUAUGACUCUGGAAUCAAGAUAAAGGGCUCUCCACCUUACCAGAUUCUCCUAAUUUCAUUACUGUAUAUCCUUCAAUUCAUUUUUCUUCAACAUGUCUUCUGUGAAUCUUGGCACUUGGUUUCAUGGCUACACUCUCUUCAAUCAAACAACCAGAUCAAGAUCUCAUCCAUUUAAAAAGAUACCAGUUACAUCUCCAAAAUUGAGAUGCCUACCCAUAUCCUUUGUCUCGCCAAGAUUAAACAGAUCCCUUUCAGUUUGCGCUGUUCUCACCAAACAAGAAACUCUCCAGGAAGAAGAAGAAAACCCAAAACCCGCUUUCGAUUUCAAGUCUUAUAUGCUUCAGAAAGGUAAUUCUGUUAACCAGGCCCUUGACGCCGCUGUUUCAAUCCGUGACCCCAAAAAAAUCCACGAAGCUAUGAGGUAUUCUCUACUUGCGGGUGGCAAGCGCGUGAGACCGGUGCUCUGCAUCGCUGCUUGUGAACUAGUUGGUGGUAAUGAGUCCAUAGCCAUGCCGGCCGCUUGCGCUGUUGAAAUGAUUCACACCAUGUCUUUAAUUCAUGAUGAUUUACCUUGCAUGGAUAACGACGACCUUCGUCGCGGCAAACCCACAAACCACAAAGUUUUCGGCGAAGACGUCGCGGUUUUGGCCGGUGAUGCACUUCUUGCCUUUGCGUUUGAACACAUGGCUGUUUCUACGGUUGGCAUUCCGCCUUCGAGGUUGGUUAAAGCAGUUGGAGAAUUAGCGAAAUCAAUUGGUACUGAGGGUCUUGUUGCCGGUCAAGUUGUGGAUAUAAACUCUGAAGGUUUAAAAGACGUGGGUUUAGAUCAUCUUGAAUUUAUUCAUCAACACAAGACAGCUGCAUUACUGGAAGGAUCAGUGGUUCUCGGAGCAAUAUUGGGAGGUGGAAGUGAUGAUGAAGUUGAAAAGCUAAGAACUUUUGCUCGGUGUAUUGGGUUGUUGUUUCAGGUGGUUGAUGAUAUUCUUGAUGUGACCAAGUCAUCUCAGGAACUUGGAAAGACUGCUGGUAAAGAUUUGGUGGCUGAUAAAGUCACUUAUCCUAAGUUGCUGGGGCUUGAAAAAUCAAGGGAAUUAGCCGACAAGUUGAAUAGAGAAGCUCAACAACAAUUGUCUGGAUUUGAUCAGGAGAAAGCCUCACCUUUGAUUGCUUUGGCUAAUUAUAUUGCUUGUAGGCAAAAUUGAUGAGUGUGUUUAGAUCACUCUGGUGUAUCAAGUAAAAAAAUUUAAGCUUACUGCAUCUUUACAGAUUUGCAGUUGAGCUUUUAAUGUCAAAUCCCAUUUCUUCUACAAUAAUAAGCUAAUUAGUCACUUACAAAUUUUUAAUUU